GCAAAUCUCCCUGAGAGAGGCACGGACCUCAGCUCCAACUAAGUCUCCACUAUUAUUAAAAAUAAAAAUCAUUAGACCAUACCUACAACAUCUACUUUGACAGCUGUUUAUUGGAAUUUGAGAGAAAUUUUUCGUCAUUUUCCCCCCCAACCUUCAAUGAGGCUGUAAGAAACACCAGGUUUAAGCCUAGCCAGCAGGGACCCUGAAUCCAACAGCUCCUGAGGAAUCGAGACCUUACUGCCAGGUCUCCAUUUUGGCCAACUUUUCUCCUCCAAACUUUAGCAUGAUGUCUUAUCUUAAGCAACCACCUUAUGCAGUAAAUGGGCUGAGUCUUACUACCUCUGGAAUGGACUUGCUUCACCCCUCCGUAGGCUAUCCCGGUAAGAAUGCUUCUUGUCCUGUAGCAACCCCCAGAAAACAGAGGCGGGAGAGGACCACCUUUACCCGAGCUCAACUGGAUGUGUUGGAGGCACUGUUUGCCAAGACUCGAUAUCCAGAUAUUUUCAUGCGGGAGGAAGUAGCACUGAAGAUCAACCUUCCUGAGUCUAGAGUGCAGGUAUGGUUUAAAAAUCGAAGAGCCAAGUGCCGCCAACAACAACAGCAACAACAGAAUGGUGGUCAAAACAAAGUUCGACCUGCCAAAAAGAAGAGCUCUCCAGUCAGAGAAGUGAGCUCAGAGAGUGGAACCAGUGGCCAGUUCACACCCCCCUCUAGCACCUCAGUCCCAGCCAUUUCCAGCAGCAGUGCCCCUGUGUCCAUCUGGAGUCCAGCUUCCAUCUCCCCUCUGUCAGAUCCCCUUUCCACCUCCUCUUCCUGCAUGCAGAGAUCCUAUCCCAUGACCUACACCCAGGCCUCAGGUUAUAGUCAAGGAUAUGCUGGCUCAACCUCCUAUUUUGGGGGUAUGGACUGUGGAUCUUAUUUGACCCCUAUGCAUCACCAGCUUCCUGGACCAGGGGCCACACUCAGCCCCAUGGGCACCAAUGCAGUCACCAGCCAUCUCAAUCAGUCCACAGCUUCUCUCACCACCCAGGGCUAUGGAGCUUCAAGCUUGGGUUUUAACUCAACCACUGAUUGCUUGGAUUAUAAGGACCAAACUGCAUCCUGGAAGCUAAACUUCAAUGCUGACUGCUUGGAUUAUAAAGAUCAGACAUCCUCGUGGAAAUUCCAGGUUUUGUGAAGACCUGUAGAGCAUACCCUUCCCCUUUUGUUUCUGGUGAUUUUUUUUUUUAACAUAAUGGGCUGAACAUUCCAGUUUUAGCCAGGUCUUGGUUGAACAAAGACAGUUAGGCAAAAGUAUGUUCAGAUUCAUCUUCUGAUCAAAGCUCUGGGAAGAAAUAGGAGGAAAAAUGAAGGAAGGGCCUUAAAGGGGAAAAUCAACUAGCAACCCAAAGUGGACAAGGCCACUCAUUUACAUAUGACCCAUGUAAUAUUUAGCUCUUUAUUGGUUUGUAAAAGUAUGGGGGACAAACAUUCCAGCCAUGGUCAACCAAAUACAAACAAAAGCAACCCAAGGAAAGGUGGGGGUAGUGUCUUUCUUCACCAGAGGUUCCUAGUGUGUUAGCCAAUCUUGGUUAAAUCUUAGGAAUGGACAGUGUCUCUCUCAAGCUCAUUCACGUUUCAUGACCAACUGUUAGUUGGCACUGAAAAAACUUUUCAGGGCUGUGUGAAUUGUGCGACUGAUUGUCCUAGAUGCACUACUUUAUUUAAAAAAAAAUAAUAAUGUUCAUAAGGAGUCAAUAUGUAGUUUUAAAGAGACAAUCAGUGUGUGUCUUAUAUAAAUGGUACAUCUGUUGUUUUUAAUCUGUGCUAGACUUCAAAACUGUGAUCUCCUGUAUUGUAUGCAACCUUGAACUCCGCCUCUGCAGGGGUUCUUCUGUGAUUAAAUAGAUUAUAAUUAUAAGCAAAAUUCAGAGCAACUGAAUCUAAAAAGAUUGCCUUUGGCCAGAGGUGAACUGCACUGAAACUUUUUACAACAAACUUUCACUGAAUGGAAAAAUAAAAUAAAAUGAGAGAGAGCCAGAGAGGAGAGAAUCAAGAGGAUACUAGCUCAUCUGAUAAUAACUUACUGGUGGCAAAGCUAUCAGUAAACAAAUACACAAAGACAUUGGUCAAUUGCUCUGACCCUGAUGAAUUUAAACUGAGAUCAUUGUUGUUUAUGCUUGCAGAUGUUAACUGGAAAAGAUAUAUAUUAUAUAUAUAUAUAUAUAUAUAUAUAUGCAUAAACCUUUUUUUCUUGGAUUUGGCAGAUAUGUAUAAUUACAUUAAAAUGGUUCUAGCACAAUUUGGGGUCUUCUUCCCUUUAAUUUUACACAAUGAAUUAUGGAAGGGAAACCACACCUUGACAUAGAACCUCUAUUUCCCAAAGUAAAUGACUUGAGGCAGAAAUAAAACAGCAAAUAUUUUUGUUGUUUUAAAUUUGAAAUCACUAGUUAUAUUUCAGUGCCUAACACAGUGCUCUGCACACAGCUGGCCUCCAAUAAAGGUUCUUGACUGAUUGACUUUUUCAUGAGGAUUGCCCAAGGAAAUCCCAACAAUUGCUAUUCUCUUCCUCCUCUCCUGGCCCCUAACACCUCCAUCACAGAGCAUUUAACAGGCUAGCAUUCUUUCUACUUUCUAUUUUAAAUCUAAGUAGGAUGAUGAAAAGAUUAUUGAAGCCAGAAAACUAUGAUGAUACCAGGUGAUGUGAAAAUAGAGGCCUGAGAAUGUGAGAGAGGAGAGUCAAAAAUCCUAAAAGUGCAAGAAAACCCUUUGUUAUCAUUCCCCAUUUUUUUUGGUGGGGGGUAUAAAAUGGAGGAGGGGUUUGUAGGGAGGAGAAUGACAAGAAUUCCUUGUUCCUGCUUGCUGUUUGGUUAAAGGGCUGUUUCUUAAAGCUACUAAAAAAUAUUCUGCGGUAAACAGAGAGUGUAAUCAGAAUCUGAAAGCAAUUCAAGCAGAAAUGAUGUCUGAACAAAAGAGUUUUGGAAAAGUUUUGAAACCUAUCAUUUCAGCAGUUAAACAUGAAGUGCCCUGGUCAGAUUUUCUUCUUUAAAGUAAAUGCUGAGAAAAUAGGUCCCUUUUCAUGUCUUCCUGCAUUUUACAAAAACAGCAGAAAAGACAGAACUGCAGCAGUGUUGGUAGCAAUUCCCUAGGCAUAAUCAACUUUUAUUUUAAUUUUAGCCUUAUAUUCUGUCUUGAAAUUAGCCACAUUUAAAUGAACCAGAACUGUACUUUUAUAGGAAAAGUAUUCAACUGCCAGUUUCAACCAUUUCCCCCUUCAUAUACUAUCACUUAAAACUGACUUGGUUGUACCCAGUUUUCUCUUUCUGGUUAUGCAAAUUGUUUUGAGCACUGUGUGAUCUUUCCUAA